CAGGCUUCCCAGAGUUUGUGGUCGUUGCGUUAGUUGAUGAUGUUCAGAUUGCUUAUUAUGACAGUGUGAUUCGGAGAGCAGAGCCCAAACAGGACUGGAUGAGGGAAAACACUGAUCAGGAGUACUGGGAGAGAGAGACGGGAAACUUUCUGGGUAACCAGCAGAUCUUCAAAGCCAACAUUGAAAUCUUAAAGAUGCGCUUCAACCAAACUGGAGGAGUUCACAUUGUUCAGCACAUGUAUGGCUGUGAGUGGGAUGAUGAGGCUGCAGAGGUCAAAGGUUAUGAUCAGUUUGGUUAUGAUGGAGAAGAUUUCAUCACACUGAACCUGGAGACAAAAUCCUGGAUUGCUCCAACCCACCACGCUGUCAUCACCAAACUGAAAUGGGACAAUAAUGUAGCUUUUGUAAAGAAUGAGGAGUCCUACUUAACUCAGAUUUGUCCUGAGUGGCUGAAGAAAUAUGUGAAUUAUGGGAGGAGCUCACUGAUGAAAACAGAGCUUCCCUCAGUGUCUUUGCUCCAGAGGUUUUCCUCCUCUCCAGUCAGCUGCCACGCUACAGGUUUCUAUCCUGACACAGCAGAAAUGUCCUGGAGGAAAGAUGGAGAGGAGAUUCAUGAUGGUGUGGAAAAAGGAGAGAUCCUAUCCAACCAUGAUGGGACCUUCCAGAUGAGUAUCAACAUUUAUCUGGAAUCUGUUCCACCUGAAGACUGGACCAAGUACGAAUGUGUGUUUCUGCUCUCUGGAGUCGAGAGAGACGUCAUCAGACUGGAGAAAACCAGAAUCAGGACCAAUGAAUUGAAAAGCGUCUCAACAGUGACCCUGUCGUCCCUGUUGUCGUGGUUUUCCUUUGUCUCAUUGGCUUGAUUGGAUUCAUUCUUU